AUGGCAUACCCUUAUGGUAACCACCAGGAGCAGCAGCAGACCAUGCAUGUUGUCUCAUCGUUCAACCGGAAUUCGGCCACAGAGCGCGCCAUUCUUCACAACCCUGGCAUAUCACUGGAUUGGACCUUGGAAGAACAGGCUGUUUUUCAAAAAGGACUCAUUCAGUUUGCAUCAGUGCCUUCCAUGCCAAGACGCUAUAAUCUCAUAGCAAAUCAGUUGCCUAAUAAGACUGUCCGGGAAGUAAUACUGCGAGACAAGUGGAUGCGGGAAGAAUCACAGCCAGUCAAGUGGAUGGAUGAAAAAGUUUCUCAUCCUGCAGCGAAAUCAUCUGCUUUUGCUGCUCGACCCAAUGUUUCCCCAUAUGCUCCAAUGAUUGUGAUGGACAAUGAUGAUGGCAUCUCUUCCAAAGCAAUUGGAUGUCCUGCAGGUGAGCUAUUAGAGCAAAAUGCGCAGGCUUUGAAACAAAUCUCUGCAAAUAUUAAUGCUGCUUGUAAGAACGUUGAUAAGUUAGAUGCUUCAGAAGCCUUAUUUAAGGUGAACAUUAACUUCUGCGACUAA